AUGCCUAUUCGUCCGACCGCUCCUCCUGUUUUGCGUGUUCUGUUCAUUUUCAAGAAUAGAUUCCUUUGUGAUUGGUUAGUUAUCUGUAAGUGUAUGGGCAAGAGCGGUUGUUUUAUUUUAGGCUUAGCAGUUGUGAUCAUACGAUUUGAAGAUAGCAAUUUUGGGAGAGCGCUGCAAGAUAGUAGAAUUGUUUUGCGGAUUCUACUACUUGCAUUAACGAAUUUCGCGCUAGCUUCAGAAAUACGUGACUUGAUGGAUCGAAAUGAACUAUUUGAUCUUAUUGGCAGCAUGUUUUGA